CGUAACAAACAAUCUUUUGAAAUCAAACAUGACAAAACUGUUAUGCUUUUUGUGUGUGGUGUUAUAUGCAUCCAUCGUGCAUUCUAAGGUUUGGUUUCCUGUUUUCGUAGCCUUUGAAAACAAUGGACAGUCAGUAUAUGAUUCUUGGAGAACCCCAUCGAUGUGUAAUGAUCUACCAGCCAUACUUAAAAUAACAGGCAGGGGAAAACACUUACGUAACCAUGUUAUUGAUCACUGGACAGAAAUGAAUAUCAAUAUGGUUAAAGUUGAACUCUACCAAAAGAAUGAACAGGUAGUUUGGAUGACAUUUAAUGCACGAAAUACAAAUAACUUGAACUGGUUUUCAAAGACAAACUUGUAUCAAAGCAGUUUCACGGAUCUUUCAACUCGUAGCAUAACGAACUAUUUCUCUGCAGCUGGAGAAUCUAUUCCAAAUGUCGUUUCGAGGAGAUUUUAUAUUAGUCGACAACAUCGUGGAUGCCCAAAUGAUUUUGGUUGGUUAUGUAUUGCAGAAAAACCUGACGUUUGUAAAUGGGCUCAGUUCAGCAAAUAUCCAGUAUUUAUAUACACCAAACAAGGACGUAGCUGGAAUAGAGAUUCUGCUGCUGCUGAUACCUUAGUCAUUUCUGUUUCUAUGGACUUAUGA